GUGAAGGAGAACAACUACCGGGGCCAUGGGGACAGCGUGGAUCAGCUCUGUUGGCACCCCAGCAACCCUGACCUCUUCGUCACGGCAUCUGGGGACAAAACCAUCCGCAUCUGGGACGUCCGCACCACCAAGUGCAUUGCUACUGUCAAUACCAAAGGGGAAAACAUCAACAUCUGUUGGAGCCCUGAUGGACAGACGAUUGCAGUGGGGAACAAGGAUGAUGUGGUCACUUUCAUUGAUGCCAAGACGCAUCGCUCCAAAGCGGAGGAACAGUUCAAGUUUGAGGUGAAUGAGAUCUCCUGGAACAACGAUAACAACAUGUUCUUCCUCACUAAUGGGAAUGGCUGCAUCAACAUCCUCAGCUACCCGGAGCUGAAGCCCAUUCAGUCCAUCAACGCUCAUCCUUCAAACUGCAUCUGCAUCAAGUUUGAUCCCAUGGGGAAGUACUUUGCCACAGGCAGUGCUGAUGCGUUGGUCAGUCUCUGGGAUGUGGAUGAACUGGUGUGUGUGAGGUGCUUCUCAAGGCUUGACUGGCCCGUGCGAACACUGAGCUUUAGCCAUGAUGGGAAGAUGCUGGCAUCAGCAUCGGAAGAUCACUUCAUUGAUAUUGCAGAGGUGGAGACAGGAGAGAAGCUCUGGGAGGUGCAGUGCGAGUCCCCCACCUUCACAGUGGCCUGGCACCCGAAGAGGCCACUGCUGGCCUUCGCUUGCGAUGACAAAGAUGGCAAAUACGACAGCAGCCGGGAGGCAGGCACCGUCAAGCUCUUCGGGCUUCCCAAUGACUCCUAAUGAAACCACACCAGGGGAGG